AUGGCAGAUAUAGAUAUCAUCGCCUCCAUCAUAGGAGUGGCCGGCGCGGGCUUCAGGCUCUCCCUCAUCCUCAAUGCUGUCAGUUGCGAAGUCGCCAGUGCUGGCUUCGAAGUCCAUAGCAUCUCGAAAAGUGUUACACUGUUUGCCAUGAUGCUUAAACAAGCCGGCAAUGUCCUCCAAUCUCCAAAUUCGGUCCAUUCCCACGACGCCUUGACCACUGCAAAGUCCAUUGCCGAUGAGAGUACAAGGGUUUUUGAUGAGAUUAACGAUAUGUUGGAUCGAGUCCGCACAAAAACGACAAAUAGCGCAUUUUCCCCCACCAUUGAACAGCGCUUUAAAUGGUGCUUCAAGAAACACAGGGUCACAUAUCUUUUGAACCAACUCGAAAGCCUGAAGUUGAGCCUGUCUCUCUUGCUACAGAUCUUGCAGUUGGGAAAAGUAAUGGCAUCUACAUCGCGCAAUGACCCACCCGAGGAAGUCGCCGUCAAAACCGAGGCCAUCAGGCAAGAGCGUGCCGAGGCUCAGAAUGGCGUAAUAGUGAGAUAUUGGCAAAUGAGUAAGAUGGAUUCAUUUUAUGAAGCCUCGAGUCGAGAGGAAGAGGAGGACAAACAAGCCGCAAUCAACGAUGUUGGCCAAGAUGACAACAUGUCGUUAAUCACUACCACAAGCUCACAGUUGACCAUUGAAGCCCCUCCUCCAGAAUAUACCCCAUCCACCGCCUUGGUUCAGCUUCCCGUUUAUUCUCUUGGCGAAUUGGAUCAAAAUCUACAUCAGAUCAAACAGUCUCCACGAGACAUGAUUCAAGUCUCAGACCAGGCUAUAGAUCCACUACUCGAGCGAUGGACAAAUUGGAGGGAGGUCCGUGAACGCAGGCACACCCGUGAUCCCAGCUCCCGCUACGUUCCUUCAGUGCAGAACCUCAACGAGGAAGACGAAGAUCGACCAUACCACGAAAGAUACCAUGAAAGAGAAGAUAGCCCUCGAGGUUAUUACCUUGAAGGCUCAACGACGGACUGGAGAAUUCCACAUUCAGCAUCCGCUCGACACGAGAAGGUUCGAAAACGACAGGAAUACACCAAAUACCAACCUAGUGUGAGUGCCGCCAGCAGUGAUGUAGAGGAUUCUCCAGGCAGCACCGGUUCAAAGAAAAGAUCCUCCAAGCGCCAUAUAAUCGAAUCAGGCUCUGAUUCCGACUCCUCAGACUCUGGUCGAGAGAUUGUGCAGCCAAAACCAACCCGUCGAAGAAGUAGUGGCAGCCCGACUACCGACCGCAAAAUUCUGUCUCCAAACGGUCCGCCUCUAUCCCAUACAUAUACAGCACCAUCCCAGAUUUCGCCCUGGAUGAAUAACCCAGGCAAUAAUACCGUCCGUGCACCUUCGGUCAUCUCGUCCUCCCAGUCAGCUGCUUCCAGACUCUCCUCCCCAGCUUACCAUCCACCCGGACAUCGACCAUGGGCAACGCCAGAUCAAAACCUGAUGCAUCACAGUAUUUCCUCACCUCUACCGCCCGUUCAUACUGCUAAUGCGCCCAAUCCAUAUGCGCCCGUCCCACACGGACAGCUUCAGCAAGCCAACACCCUCGUUCAUACUGCUAAUGCGCCCAAUCCAUAUGCGCCCGUCCCACAUGGACAGCUUCAGCAAGCCAACACCCUCGUUUAUCCGCGACAUUAUCCACAGCAACAGGCUCAACCUCAAUCUCAAGGACUAAUGACACCCUACAACCCGCCUCCUACAGGAAGUCCACAAACCAGAUAUGCCCCUCUCGCACCACCAAAUCGAAUGGGAAUGCCUCCACGGCCCGUUUCACAGGAUGGUAAACCGCGCUCUCCGUCACGCCUUUCUCAACAGUACAAUGGCCAUGGUAUAGGAGACAGUAGUACCAGCGGACGCGGCAAUAGCCGUAAUGCGAGUGGUAAUACCGACGACCAACACGGUCACUCUCGUCAUCACCCUAAAGAGAAAUCUGCAAAACACAACCUACGAGAAGGUGCUACAAAAGGCCUACUAGGCGCUGGUGCCAUUGCCGGCUUUCUCGAGGCACUGGAGGGGUUGAAUAUAUAA